AAACGGAUGCAAGAAAAAGCUACACGAGAACUGCUGUGAUCCUCUACAUAGUGCAGUUGUUUUGUUGAGGUCAUCACAGGUUUUCUGCUGCAAUGGCUGAUGAGAUGGUGGACCAGAUGACUCGUCUGAAAUUAAAGCUGCUGGAAAGGAGACUGGAGAAUGCGAGAGAAACUCAUGAAGACAGGGGGGAUUCUGCACUUUCCACAAGAAGUUAUGAUGCACAGAGGGAUGCAUUACAUGGUGCUCUGAGACAUAAGAGGGACUUACUCCGGAGACUGCGGGAACAGUACAUGCUGGAGGAGAUGCGAAGGCCUUACACGUGGGCUGGAACUCGCAGACAGCAUCACCACGAUGCGUUCCAUCCACGUGCUCCACCUGUGUCUCCCGGCCCUGUCUAUCCGUCCCCUCUCCAAGCCUGGACUGGUCCUCCGCCUCCACCCCCGCCUCCCAGGAUUAUCCAACAACCGUUUCCACAGCAACCAGCCACCAUCAUUCAGCAGCUGCCCCAGCAACAGCCGCUUAUAGCACAGAUUACACCUCCACAGUCAGUCCCAUACAGAACAAGCAGUAUUAAAGAAGACAUGGUGGAACUGAUGCUCGUGCAGAAUGCUCAGAUGCACCAGAUCAUUAUGCACAACAUGAUGCUGAAGGCACUGCCCCCACAGUCCACCUCUCAAGCAACAGGCCCCCUCCACUCAGGCCAGGAGAACUAUUUGAAAGCCAAGAGAGGUGCCAUCCACCAUCAUCACCACUAUGGCCCACCUCCACUUCCUCCCAUUGGCUACUCAGCUUGGCAUCCUAACACAAGCCGAGGAGGAACGUAUGGGUCAUCCGUGCAGCAUGUGACUGGUCCAGUGACUCUUCCUCCACUGAAUACAUAAGAUUCAGUGUAAUGUGCAGUUUGACAAUUUGACUAGGCAGAAGAAAAAAAACAUUACUGCUAAAGACAGUAGUGCACUUUGAAAAAUCCGAGGUAAGAUAGAAAGCUUAUAUACUCAUUACAGUGAUCUAUGUGUCUACUUCACUCACCCUUCAGCUAAACAUCAUAACAUGCCCGUGUAAUGGCAGCCACUUUCAGAUUUCUAUUAAGAGACUUGAGAAGUAUCAUGCAUGCUUGUACUCUAUAUGUAACUUA